AUGGCAUGUGACAGGGAGGCACUCUGGGCGUCGUACCUGGGCACAGGUGAUUUGGGGAAAACAGCUGCUGUAGGUUCCACGGACUCUGUUAUCGGCAGGGUGGCAGCUUGCUAUGACAAGAAAAGAAUCGUGAUGACAGGUGUUUUGGGGCUGUCUGUGCGCUCCCACACGGAAACAAAACGUCCCUGUGGACCUUUCCAGCUUUGGAGCUCCUGCAGAGCCAUGCGGGAAGUGCAGCCAGGACCUGGCCACGGGCAACCAGGGACAGGACGAGAGGACAGAGCCUCAAGCUGCAGGAGCGGGGCGGAGGCGCUUGGCCCCGCCCGGGCCGCCGUCGGGGGCGGGCCCGCGCCGCAGUCAUGGCGGCGCCCGUGGUGCCGAGGGAGAGCGACACGGUACUGGCGGCUGCGGCUCCCGCGGGCUGCGCUGUUCCCGGGCCGGGCGGACAGGCGGGGAGCGCAGGGCAGGGCGGCGGCAGAUUCUCGCCUCGGUUGCUGCGGGCGCGGCAGCGGACAGGUGCCCCUUCUGACCGCCCCCCUGUCCUUCCGGCCGCAGCAUUCCCGCAGGGCCGCUGUCGCUGCCUCAACGCCGUGGACUCCGGCCGAUUCCCGCCGGCUGCUCUCCCGCCUUGCUCCAGAAGUGCACCUGAAGGCUGAAAGUACCUUCAGUGAAGAGGAGGAAGAAAAACUUCAAAUAGCUUUUUCAUUGGAAAAGCAGGAUCUUCAUCUGGUUCUUGAAACUAUAUCCUUCAUUUUAGAACAGGCAGUCUACCAUAAUUUGAAGCCUGUGUCAUUGCAACAGCAGCUACAGAGCAUUCACCUGGAUCAAGACAAAGCCGAAGCAUUUGCUACUGCAUGGGCGGCGGCAGGUCAAGAUACGAUUGAAAAGUUCAGGCAGAGGGUUUUGACCCCUCAGAAGCUUGAGACAAUUGGAUGGCAGCUUAAUCUUCAAAUGGCAGAGUCCAAGCAAGCAAAGCUGAAGUCUCCUCAAGCUGUGCUAGAGCUGGGAGUGAGCAAUGAAGAUUCAAAGAACCUGAAGAAAGUGUUUGUAGAAUUUAGCCAUCAGGAGCUGUUUGAGUUCUAUAACAAGCUGGAAACUAUACAAGCACAGCUGGAUUCCCUUACGUGAUGUUUUUGAAGACUUAUUUCUCCAUCACACUCCUGCCACCUCAUUAUUUUGAAUUGAAGAUAGAUUGCCAAGCUGUGUUUGCUGAAGGAUUCAGUGGGUUGCUUCUUGUAAAAUUAUAUGGCUUAUCUACUUUUUAGACCAGUACUGUUAGCCAAGAGUCUUUGUUAACAGUGUGAAGAUUCUAAUGGACUUUCUCUUGUUUGCUGAGCAAUUGUGAAAAAUGGCUUUACCUGCAGUGGAAAAAAACAAAACAAAACAAAAAAGAACAAACCCAAACCAAAACAGAAUACUAUAUGCUUCAGAAAUUUAAUUUUUUCUUCCAUCCUUUUCUAUGGGUUACUUAAUUCUGGUAGAAAUUUGCAUACUAGUGAGGGACCAGGAGUAAAAUCUAUUUUUUAGACAUAAAAGAAAUAUAGAAGCUGUAAGAAAAUACACCGCCAAUCAAAUAUCUAAAAUCUCUAUUCUUUUUAAAUGUUAUUCACACAGUUGAUAAUGCUUGCUGCAGAUUUGUCAAAAUAAAUUCAAAAUGUAAAAAUUAAUUGGUUUAUUUUGGACUGUUGUAACAUCAUUUCAUUAUUUUUGUUAUUUUUCAGUUUGAUGGGGUUUUUUCCUUUGAAAUAAUCAACAGUGUCUCUGAUUUCAGGGUUUACUCUUGGCACUGAGAAUAAAUAUGUCUUCUUAGAACUGCAUUUACACUAAUGAAUGUAAGUAGUGUGGUGUAUAACUGAGGGGAGAAGUCUCAGAGUAGGUAACAACACUAAAUAGUCUGGCAGUCAGAUUUCACAAAGCUCUAUGUUGAUCCUUUCUCAUGCUGUUUUUACCACUGUUUUUGCACUGAUCAGGAAAAAAUUAAGUACAGUGAUUAAAGGCCAUAUUUUCUUCCAUUGUUUCACGAUGAUUCAUGAGCAGCAUGAGAAGGGUAAAAGUUGUCUUAAUUCUUGUUUGUUGCCAUUUGUUGACAGGCAACUUCAUUGCUGCACCUUGAUAAUGGGCACAGUAUACAGCUCUGGGCUCUGGGCUGAUAGAACGUGAGAGGAAGUAAAAAACUUUGGCAUUAGGCUUGUCUUUUUUUUUCCUUAAGGGAUUCCCCGAACAAGACUUUUUUCUUCCUCGUGCCUAUAACAGUGAUGGUUGAUACCCAGCCAGACAGUUUCCUUUUUAGGUUUGUUUGCUUGUGACAGUAGCUGUAAGUAUAACCAAAAUGUAUGUUUUGAAUACAUGUGUUUAGGUCCUCCUGUGCCAGAUUUUUAGUUUUUUUUGCUUUUGGAGGGUCGUUUUGUGCCUUUUUGUUGCUUUGUUAGGAAUUGUGCUGUCACCUCUAGAAUACUGUGAGGUUUGCACACAUUGUCUAAGCUGAGAGUUAAUAGAUUUAGAAGGUAAGGUCUUUAACAGCCUAUGUGUGAGUAAAGGGCACUGAAGACAAAAAACACACUUACCGUGGUUCUUAACUGAAAUGCCAAAUGGUAUUCUACCCCUCUGGUAUGGUAACACUAUUACCCUGAUGGAAAGAAGAAAUGAGUUACUGUUGCACUGCAGAAUAUUACCUGCCGAAAUCACAUCUUGUCUUAAGCCACUGGCAAAUGGACCA